UCACGAACCAAUCAUUUUUUUUAAGAAACGGGAAAAAAAACGCACGUCACUCGUAGAUGUACUACGCGUCUCUUCUGCGCAGACUCACACCGAGAGGAAGCUCGGACUCGCGUCCAGCGCAAGAUUUUGAGUCUCUUUAGAAAGCUCCUAGGAGCUCACCACCACCAGUAAAGCUGUAUAAGCCCCGGGUUGACGGGACCGAAGGAAGUGGCGCGUUGUACAGGGAGUUCACUGGUGACAUCACAAUGAGUUACAAGCCCAUUGCUCCUGCGCCAUCUGGCUCCAACCACACUCCUCCAGGUUCUUCUGUGCCCUCUCCGUCUCUCCCCUCAUCGUCCACCUUUAGGCCAGCUUUCAGUGACUUUGGUCCACCCUCUAUGGGGUUUGUUCAGCCUGUCAAAGUGUCUCAAGGGUCCACCUACAGUGAGCUGCUGUCUGUCAUUGAGGAGAUGAGCCGUGAGAUCAGGCCUACGUAUGCUGGGAGCAAGAGUGCCAUGGAAAGGCUAAAGAGAGGAAUAAUUCACGCCCGUGCAUUGGUGAGGGAGUGUCUCGCAGAAACGGAAAGAAGUGCCCGCACAUAACCUCUUGAAAGGAUUCCUUCACCCCCAGUUUUUACCUAUAGAAACUUAUUGUCAGUUUUACAACCAUUUUUUAAAGCCCUCCUACCUUUUGUGCUUUCUCUGCUCUGUUUUUAUAUGUGAGUUACAACCCUCUUGUAUCCCUAAAAUCCACCACACCAGUUUUAUUUAACAGAGUAUGACCUGUUGGGUGGUUGUAACAUGCAGUUUUCUAUUUUUGAAAUAAGCAUGUCUGAAACAAAAAGAACACAUUUUUACUAAACUCUGGGGAAAGUGGACAUGUACUGUUUUUAAGUAUUUGUUCAAAAAUGAAACUCAUCAAUUUGGCUUAAAUUUAAAUUCUGCACAACCGCUUACAUUUUCAUAGCAUAUUGCAAACACCUCAUUACCAUUACCUGUUGCUUUAUUUUUAAUGUCUGUCGUAGUUUACUAUUAGAUUCUCAAUCCCCAAAACUCUGUACAUCAAGUCAAUUUGUUAGUAUGGAAAUUUUGUAAACCAGAUUUUUGCAGUUCGGUAUGUAUAUCUUAAUUAAAUAAUGAAAAAAAAAGUCAGCUUUUUUAUUUAUAAAACAAUCGGUUUGAGUAGAAUUAGCAGGUAAAAGAUUUCAACAGAUUUUUCACUAAACAUAAAUGCUCCUCCUUUUUAAACAGCAAUUCAAGAAUAAUUGCUAAUUUUACAGUGCACACAUAUUUGUCCUUUGAGUGUGUGGUGUGCAUUUAUCUAUAAAAAAUGAUACAAGUGGA